AUGGAAAUACGUCCAUUUAUUAAUUGGAUGCAACGUUUUACUAUUUAUGAAACAUCCGAAUGCAUUUUUAUCGUCGGAUCUGAUGCAACGGAAAAAUUGUUCCGUAUCAUGUCAAUUUCGCACAACCCCGAUGAUGGUUAUAAUGAACCCACAUUUUCUGAUGAGACCGAUUACGAUAUCACUUGGCGACUGAAAAUCAGUACUGAUUCUCGAAUUUAUUCGGAAACGGAACUUACUCUUUUUCUCCAGUCAAUCAAAUCUGGAAGUCCUGUGAAUAGAGAUCCGUCUUGUGGUACAGAUGAAUCCGAUCCAAGUUUGUUAAUUGCCAAUAGUCCAUCUCAAGUCUCGGUUGGCACUCAUCGAACGCUCAAUAAAUCAUUAAAUGGUGUUGCCCUACUCGGUUUUAUUCGCUUUUUGUUUGGCUAUUAUCUCAUUGUGGUUACUCAAAGUAGAGAAGUUGCGCGGAUCGGUGAACACAGAAUCUACAAGAUUGAAGACACAAAGAUGCUCUAUAUACCUCGUGAUGCCCCAGUUUCUUCCACGACUAAUGAUGAAAGUGGAAAUGACAGGAGUAUGCAAUCGGAUGAGUCGAAAUACUUAAAAAUGUUUCAGGGGGUGGAAUUGAAUCGCGACUUCUAUUUUAGCUAUACUUAUGAUCUUUCCAAAAGUCUACAAUCUAAUAUGGAACCAUUAGGCCUAAUGGGUACUCCACUCGGACCAUUCGACAAACCCAUGGCAUUUCGCUCAAUUCCUGAUCCACGAUUCCUCUGGAACUACCCUCUUAUUCCCCCCAAGUUCCAUCCUACCUCGGAGGGCAUUUCAAAUUGGUUUGUCGGAUUGAUGCAUGGAUUUGUCCGGCAAGCUUCGAUCGUGUCCUGUGGAAUGUCUGUGUCGAUUAUCCUCCUAGCCCGUCGAUCUCGAUUCUUCGCUGGGACAAGAUUUCUUAAACGCGGAGUUAAUAUUGAUGGCAACGUUGCAAAUGAAGUUGAAACAGAACAGAUAGUCUGUGAUAUCGCCCAACCGACACUUUCGCAAAUGAGGGUUUCUUCAGUGGUUCAGCAUCGUGGAUCUGUGCCGCUCUUUUGGUCUCAGGAUACUGCCAAAUUGAUGGUCGGCAAACCGCCUCUUACAAUUACCUGGGAGGACCCCUACUACGAAGCCUUUGGAAAACACUUUGCAGAUCUCAUUGAACGACAUGGUGUCCCAGUGAUUGUGCUCAACCUCAUGAAACAGGAGGAAAAACGACCCUUCGAAAAGCUACUCACAGUUGGAUUUCUCGAAGGCAUUAAGCACCUCAAUCAGUAUGCUUCGAAGUUGGAUUCCGCAGUUUCUCCAUUGGAGGAUCAGAAGAAUUUCAGACCGAUUUCUUAUGUGGCAGUUGACAUGGCUCGUAUCAAACGUUCGACAAAUUCUCUCGCGUUAGACCACCUUCUGGAGGUUGCCGAUGAAAGCAUUCAUGCAACUGGCAUAUUCUUUUCUGCUGGACUGAAAGCUGUCUCCGAUACGUUUUCCCGCGAGGAAUAUAUUGAACGGACUCGUCAGGUUAUGGAUAUUGAUAUUUGCCCACGGCAACAUGGCGUCGUUCGCACCAAUUGUGUCGAUUGCCUCGAUCGGACUAAUACUGCUCAGUUUGUUUUGGGACAUGUAUCCAUUGCCUAUCAACUCCAUGCCAUCGGUCUACUAGCUGAUACCAAACUCACCUUCGAUUCGAAAGUUUCCAUAGUCCUUCGGGACCUAUACGGUGAACAUGGAGAUACAUUGGCAUUACAGUAUGGUGGUAGUGGAGUCGUGCACAAUAUUGAGACCUACCAGAAUCCCAGCACAUCUCGAGUUAACUCUCGGGAUAUCAUACAAACCCUUUCUCGAUACUACUCAAAUAACUUUAUCGACUUUGAGAAACAAUUGAGCACGGAUCUCUUCCUGCGAAUUUUUCGACCAGGAGCGGGGCCACAGGAUGGUGAAUGGGGUCCCGAUCCUCGGAUAAUUGCAGCCACAUCGUCUGUUCGAGCUGGUCUAGCUUUUCUCCUUACCUCUGAUCCUGCGUUUGAGGCUCACAUGCACUGGUUGCUUGCAUGGGCUUCUAUUCCACCCUAUCGUGAACCGCUGGAUGCUUGGUUUUCAAGAAAAGACUUUGAAGAUAGACAAAGGGCGAUGAGGGGAUGGGAUAGCUCGAUGUCACCGAGGGCUACUGUUUUAGAAGAAGACACCACUGCAGACCACCAGUCGAAAAGCUUCAAAUUGAUUGAAUUGCGAGAGGAUGAUCCAGGAGGUGACUGGUACUCCGAACUCUAUCGACCUUACGAUUGGACUCAUUUCUAUAAUCUCAAGUAUCAUCAGUUGCCUCCUGUUCUUCCCUCAGUCUCUGAAGGCGACACUUCCCACACCAGACGAGCCAGUGUUAAUAUCCCACUAGCUACUUCCAGACGUCAAUGUCGACCUCACCUUCCCAGUCGCUUCUCUUCGAUGGUGUUAGCAUCUGUAGAUGAGAAUGAGGAGAAUUCCACCUACCAUAGUUCUGUGUCAAGCAACCCUAAGUUAUAUCGAGACGCUAAUGAAGUUGACAAUCAGCUUACCACUACUGCCAGCAACCUAGAAAAGGAAGAUUCUUGUACAAACUGUGCGAUCUCUGUCCCAGAAGUACCUUCUAUUCUUACCAGAAUCUUCCAACAUCGAGCAGAAUCUGCCAGUGCAACCUCCAAGUUCUCUAGAUCAGAAGCUUCUUUCACGUCCACUGCUGGGGGCUCCAUAAAUGCUUCAACCCUAUUCGGCCAAUCUGAUAGUUCAAACUCGCCUCUCCUUGUCAGAUUCUCGCAAAUUCGUUUAAGCGACUUGGCCAAUAGGUUUGAGAUUAAGGGGAAGGAAGAACCAUCUCGAAGUCAAGAGUCCCUUUCUGAUGAUUUUAAGGAGGACAAAGAGACUGUGCCAAGUCAUGGAUCUCGGAAAAGUCCAUCUCCUUGUGGUCUUAUAAGAUAUGAAUUGUCGUCACCCAAUGCCCCUGUUAAAUUCAGAAAGCCGUCUAGAUGCGAUAUGGAGAAGUAUAAAAAAUAUGCGUCUAUUCCAGUGAUCAGUGCGUAUACUCCUCUUUCAGAGAUUCUGACUGUGGAUCCAUCAUCAAUGGAGAUUUAUAAGGAUACAAUUAAACUAUCGCAGAUGGGAGCCUUCUCAAUUCCGAGUGAAUCCCUUCAGGUAUACCAGAAAAUAGCGGAUGUGAAAAGUCUCUACGCAUGA